UUGGAGGAACGCGCAGGGUAGGCGGCCGAGGACUCUGGAGUGCGCAGGAAUCGGGAGGUAAUCGGCCUGCCUGCCUGCGUCGGGGUCUGGUUUCGGGGUGUCGUUAAGGAAAGUGGUUACGACUCGUGAGUAAAGGGGGAAGGCGCAUCCCAGAGAGCCGUAGCGCUUCUGGCAAUAAUGGACACAGCUUCUAAAGAGAAUCUGAAUGCUCAUUCAGCUCAUAAUGGCAAGGCAGCUAUUGUGGAUGGUGCAAGACGGGUUCCUGUGACCCAGAACCCGACACCUGGAAUUGAAGUCCAACAGCAGCGUGUUCUGACUGCUUUAAAUGUUGCUCAGCGGGUGCCUAUUCGGCCUCAGGCACAGAAAACUACUAUUGUCAGUGCAAAACGUCCCAAACAGUUAACUCAGCAUCAACCAAAACUUCUUGUUCAACCAACAUCUAGGAGUCUAGGUCCAAGUAAAGCCACUGAAACGUCUCGGCAGCCCUCUGUGUCUGGAAAAAACCCUGAACCAGGUGUAUCAAAUCAGAAGAAAGAGGCAAAAGGGGUGUCAAAUCCAAACAGUGAGACCAAAAAAAAACAAUGGUCUCUUGAUGACUUUGAAAUUGGUCGUCCUCUGGGAAAAGGAAAAUUUGGAAAUGUAUAUCUGGCUCGUGAAAAGGAGAGCAAAUUCAUCUUGGCGCUGAAGGUCUUAUUUAAAACACAGCUGGAAAAAGCAGGUGUUGAACAUCAACUGCGGCGAGAAGUAGAAAUACAGUCUCAUCUUCGGCAUCCAAAUAUUCUCCGACUUUAUGGCUACUUCCAUGAUGCAACAAGAGUCUACCUAAUCCUGGAAUAUGCACCACGUGGAGAAGUGUACAAAGAACUCCAAAGGCUUACUAAAUUUGACGAGGAACGGACUGCUAAUUAUAUCACUGAACUGGCAGAUGCGUUAUUAUAUUGCCACUCGAAAAGAGUAAUUCAUAGAGACAUAAAGCCUGAAAACCUGCUGCUGGGAUCAAAUGGAGAGCUAAAGAUUGCUGACUUUGGAUGGUCUGUGCAUGCUCCAUCCUCCAGGAGGUCGACUCUGUGUGGUACCCUUGACUACUUACCACCUGAAAUGAUUGAAGGGAGAACACAUGAUGAAAAAGUUGAUCUAUGGAGUCUUGGUGUCUUGUGUUAUGAAUUCCUAGUAGGAAAGCCUCCUUUUGAGGCAGACACAUACCAGGAAACAUACAGAGCCAUUUCAAAGGUAGAGUACAAAUUUCCUCCAUUUGUAACAGAAGGUGCUCAGAAUCUGAUUUCGAAGCUGCUGAAGCAUAAUCCAUUCCACAGGCUGCCACUGGAGGAGGUGCUCAAACAUCAAUGGAUUAUUGCAAGCUCUACAAAAACUCCCAAGCAUAAAAUUGCUGAAACUACCACUACUAAGAAUAUCCAGUCAUAGCAUGUAGUUCCCAGGAACAAAGUAGUUCCAAUGAGAUCUGUGGUAAUCCAGCCAAUUGGACUCAAAAGGUAAUCCAGUUGGACUCAAAAGGCAGAGCUUAUCGCACCGUAAGCUCUGAUCAUGAACCUUACAAAUCAGGUCAUAAAGCAGUUUCUCAAUAUCUAACUUGCUUGAAGUCCUCUUUGCACAUGCCACUCUGAGGCAUAGCUGGUUCGUCUUAUGUUCAUGGCUGGCAUUUCCCUUUUGGCCCCUUUUUGAUAGCAUCAUGAAACUGAGCCAUGGAUUAUUGUGCAAUAUGAAGCAGUUUAUGAAGCAGCAUGUCUUCACAAGAUAACAUUCGAAACACAUGUGUAACGAAUGGAAUCUGCCUUUGAGUGUAACUGUAUUCUUCAGUUGUUCUUUUC